GGCACCGAUGCUCCUCGCACUUUACGUUGCAAAUUUUUUCCGUUUUGACAUUUGCUGAUAAUCCGCAAAUUUGACGGGUGGCCGGAUAUUUUUGUUUCCACAUUUAACCCCGUUGUAUGAAUUUGUAGUUAAUUAGAAGGUGAUUGAUAUACUCAGGCUUUAAAUUAAAAUGGAUCCAGCACUCGAGAGAGACAAUCAGGCGGUGGUGAACGAAUGGAUUCGCUUUGGCUUAAGGCUUGGAGUGAGUGCGGCUCUGCAUCCUUUCGAGUAUUCCAAAGUCCUAAUUCAGUUGGGGUAUGAACCGAUCCCUCCCCGUCCGGGCAAAACGCUGUUCGGAUCACCCACGCUCAUCUUGCCCAACAUUUUCCAGUAUGCCGGUCACAUCAAGAAGAUGGAUGGCUUCAUUGGAUGCUACCGGGGCCUGGCACCGAAGCUUGUCGGCAGCAUCGUCGGUUCGAUCUGCAGUGAGCGCAUCGCCGAUAAGCUGGGGCUGGCGGUUGUUAUCGACGAAGACACGAAAGACGAUGCGGAUUUAUCAGAUUUCGAGAGAUUCAGUAAAUUCCAGUUAGAAUUAAAACGAGAUAUAAUCAUUCAUGUAUCAGGAAUUGUCAUCACUCAUCCGUUCCAUGUCAUUUCGAUUCGAAUGAUGGCCCAAUUCAUUGGCAGAGAGACGAGUUAUUCGUCCAUAUUAGGGUCAAUAGGCGAAAUUUGGCGGAAUGAUGGUAUUCUGGGAUUUUUCGCUGGAGUUAUGCCUAAAAUAUUCUGCGACAUCGCAUGCUUGACACUGACGAGCUCAACGGUAUAUAUGGCCAAUAAAUACCUUAUAAGAGACAAGGAAAGUCGUCAAUAUUUUGCUAGUUUCACACAGUUCCUUUUCUCGUGUAUAUUGUAUCCUUUGCAAGUGGUAUCCACUUGCAUGACUGUAUCCGGAAGCAAUCUAUCGGCGGGUAAACCUCCAUUUAUGCCAGUGUACGAAGGCUGGGUCGAUUGCUGGAACGAUCUACAGGCCCGUGGCGAACUGAAGCGUGGCAGUUCCUUAUUUUGGAGAUCAAUUCGGCCUAAUCCAGCAUUUGCUUCCCGGGCAAGUAUUGCCCCAAUGCCAACACUUGCGAAGUACAAUUAGAGGCCAAGUGUUCGUUUCAGUGUUCUUUUCCGUUUGAGAAAACUUUCAUCGUCGAACAUAUUAGAUAUUCCCUUCAUGAUUAAUUUCGUCUUGUGUUGCAAUCACUACUGUAAAUAUCAUAUACAUCGUCAGGAACGCGUAACAAAAAUCAAGUUUGAGUGGUCAUUUUUAUAUAUACAUAUAAAUUUGUUUAUUUUUAAAUUCUUUUGUCCAAGAAUAAAUGAAAGACGUGAAAUGGGAUCUAUUUAUGGAAUUAAGCAUGUAUUUGACCUGAAAAGGAUAAAUUGAUUUUUGUUAUAGUGCAUUUGAAAGAUUUUGUUGAAAAGAGAAAAUGGCACUCAGCUCGUUAAAGUACGAUACCAAAAAUUCGCCCUUGUUGGAGAUUAACUUUUAAACAAUUGGGUUUAAUAAAAUGUGAGUUAGUGGAAUAGAAAA